AUGUUUAACAAUAUUGGAGAUGAAGGAUUGAAAUAUAUUGCCGAUAGCCCUUAUUUGUCGAAUUUGACAAGUCUUAAAGCAAUUCGAACGUACAUUGGCGAUAAGGGCAUCAUGGCGCUGUCACAAAGCAAAAACUUGUCUAAAUUACGAUUUUUAUCAGUCAUGGGCAAUAGUAUUGGAAAUGAAGGUGUAAAAUCUCUCAUUGACGCGUGUGGAGUAAAUUUUCCACACAUUCAUACUUUACACUUGGGAAGAAAUUACAUUACCGAUGAAGGAGCCAAAUACUUUCUUCAAAAUGACUACAUUUUCAAGAAUUUGUUGGAAUUGAAUCUGAGUUACACGAAAAUUCACGAAAUGGAAAAGAUCAUACCAGAAAAACUUGUAAAUUUGAUGGUAUUUUACUUUGGCAUGAAUGAAAUGAUCACGAGAACAAAAAACAAAUGA